CCCCCGCCCCCCUCCUCUCUCCUGUGCAGCCGACGCGCUUCUCGUCUCCAGAAGCUCGUCUCCACAAUCAUGUCCUCAGACAUGCAGCCACGGUGGCAUGAAGCGACCCGAAAGGCGCCAUCGGGACGGCAUACGCGCGGUGGCCAUGGCUAUUAACCAUGCAGCUGGAGCCAGAUACGCCCAUCGUUUCCGUCUGUCAGAGAAAAGUCUCUUUGGUGCUACUCGCAGUGCAGGCCGUCUGAAUAUGCCAGCGAAGCACAAGAAAACCCUGCGGACUGCUUAAUGCUCUCUGUUCCAACCGACUUGUACGUGGCAACAAAGAAACCAAAUGCCAUGGAUGUCUUUAACUUUACAUCCUGGAAUGCCUCUGAAGGCAAUGAGACAGAAGUCAUGGAGGAGAGAGACAGUCCUUACAAGACCGUGGAGGUAGUGUUCAUCGUGCUGGUGGCUGGUUCCCUGAGUUUGGUCACUAUCAUCGGCAAUAUCCUGGUCAUGCUUUCCAUCAAGGUGAACAGGAACCUACAAACUGUCAACAACUAUUUUUUAUUUAGCCUUGCAUGUGCUGACCUAAUUAUUGGACUGUGCUCCAUGAACUUGUACACAGUAUAUAUAGUAAUAGGCUACUGGCCCCUGGGGCCAGUCGUGUGCGACUUGUGGUUGGCUUUGGACUAUGUUGUCAGCAAUGCGUCUGUCAUGAAUCUCCUUAUCAUAAGCUUUGACAGAUACUUCUGUGUCACCAAGCCCCUGAGCUACCCUGUAAAGAGAACCACCAAAAUGGCAGGGAUGAUGAUCGCUGCUGCCUGGGUCCUUUCCUUCAUCCUCUGGGCACCUGCUAUCCUCUUCUGGCAGUUCAUUGUUGGUGGGCGGACUGUGCCUGAGAAAGAGUGCUACAUUCAGUUCUUUUCCAAUGCCGCUGUUACUUUUGGAACUGCCAUUGCCGCCUUUUACCUGCCUGUCAUUAUCAUGAUUCAGCUGUACUGGCAGAUCUCGCGAGCGAGCAAAAGUCGAGUGAAGAAGGACAACCGCAAGCCUUCAGGAUCAAACCCAGAACCUUUGUUACCGGGCCAGAGGAGAGAGAGCACUCCGAAACCCAACAACAACAAUGUUCCUGGGGAAGACGGAGCGCAUUCCCAGAACCAGACUGCAGAUGAUGGAGCCAACCAGCACGAUGGAAAGCUGCAGAAUGGAAAAGGGCCUUCAUCGUCUGCUGCCGACGUAGAAACGGAGGGUGACAGUGUUGCAAAGGAGAACUGUGCUCCUGCAGAAGAGAAGGAGAGCUCAAAUGACUCCACGUCCGGCAGUGUGGCAGCUUCCAAUCAGAAGGACGAAGAACAAGUCGCCUCUGCAGCAAACUCCAGUGCUGAGGCUACGCAGCAGCUGCCACGGCAACGAGCCAAGGCUGGGGGCUCCAAGCUGACCUGCAUCAAGAUCAAGACCAAGUCCCCGAAGGGCGACUACUACACACCGUCAAACGCCACAGUUGAGAUCGUGCCGACCACAGAACGUCAGAACCACGUGGCGAGGAAGAUCGUGAAGAUGACGAAGCAACCGCCAAACAAGAAGAAGAAAGGAGCCCCGUCGCGGGAGAAAAAAGUGACCCGCACGAUAAUGGCCAUCCUGGUGGCUUUCGUAGCUACCUGGACUCCGUAUAACGUGAUGGUGCUCAUCAAUACUUUUUGUUCUAGUUGCAUUCCCAACACUGUUUGGACUAUUGGUUACUGGCUGUGCUACAUCAACAGCACCAUCAACCCAGCCUGCUAUGCUCUGUGUAAUGUCACGUUCAAAAAGACAUUCAAACAUCUCCUCCUCUGCCAAUACAGAAACAUUAGAUCAGCCAGAUAAAUACAAGCCCCCACUGUGUAUAUGUCCCACGUAUGGGUGUAGUGUUGUUGUCCAUGCAUACGAGUUUAUGUGAAAAAUGUGUGAGACUGAGACGAGAAGAUUUCAAAAUCACUUUCAUCAUCCAUUUUCCAAUUUCUCUCAAUAAGCUGUUGUAGCACUUUACUCUUAUUCAACUGAAUUCAGUUGCUGUCACUCGUGUUGUGCAGGAGCAGCGUGUAAAACAAGGGUUAUAAAAACGUAUUUAGGUUUGAAACCUUGAAAAAAAGAUCAGCGAACAUAAGGAGAGUAGCGGAGAAGGAUGCUGAGCAGACUGAAGAGAAAGCAGGCUAAAAGGCAGAAGACGAUCUGUGCCGUAUGGAAAACGCUUCAAAAUGGGAAAUAGGGCUGACUGAAUGUUCAAACCUUUCAAGUUUGAAGUUCAGUAAAGAUAUUUGUAGAUAUCUGUAUAUAUAAAUGGUGUAUGUUCUAUUUGUGUAUGCACAUGUGGGUGUGUGCUAGCUUAGUGUCUGCGUUCACACCCACUUGUGCCUCUUUGCUUGCCUUCUUCUUUCAAUGUGUGAUCAUCCUCAUCACAGCUCUUCCUACCAGCAAUAUAUAGAAAAUUGAGUGUUUUGUUUAGGUUUUCGCUGACAGGCUCUCGUCCUAAUUGGUGGUCAUCCAAUUUAACAAAAAAACAACAACAAAAAAAGCCUCGGUAAAAAUCAAUAGGCAAAACUUCAUAAAAUAUUAAUGCAAUAAAGUUUCACUUGUCAAACUUGCACACAAAAGAGAAGAACUGAAAAUACAGCUAUUGUGAUUUCAGGAUAGUUGAAAAGAAGUCGAUUUCACUUCAACGUUUAAUCAAUAUCGUUCACAUUUGUGGGGCGUUUGGAGGAUUACGAUACAAAGUUCCUACUAAGUCUCUUUACUUUAAUCCCAUUUUCUUUAUUAAAAUGACACCAAGCAUUUUUAUCACGUUAAAGGGACAUCUUGAAAAUUGGGGGUGGCACAAAAACAUCAAAUUUUAUGGUUUGAAAACCACUUUCUGAUGAUGGUUCAAGACAAUCAACAUUAGGGUUGCAGCAAGAAAUCAGCCAGCGGCUGAAAUUUGAACAUUUUUCCAUUUGACCGCUGUUCAAACUCCAUCCUUGGGGCAAGGAGCCCAGCAUGUCAUAGAUGCUCUAAUACAGCAAAAUCACAUGGCUAGAUGACCUUCUUAGCAUGAUAGCAGGUUCUGCAUUGGCCCAGUAAUGACCCAAUGGGUUCAAUCACAUGUUGAAGUAGGAAAACAUCUAAAAGAUGCAACACUGCUGGAAAUGGCCAAUCUGUCCUAAUGGCUAAAGGUUUUCUGGGAUGUUAUUUCUGGAUGGACACAGCAUGCACACCUGUAAAAUAUGCCAUUUGUAAAGCCGAGUCCUGAAUUUCUUCUUUUUUUUGCAUGACCCGCCAUUUAGGGCACACUCAACCAAAUCUCACAAUUUGGACCAAUCAAAUUAGGUAUAGAGGAUUAUGAUUACCGCCUCAUCACAUUUCCUGCAAAGAAUCUACCUAAUACAACUUGUCAUGUACUAUUAAAGUGAAAGACGAAGUGAAUAAAUCAAGACAUGUUGACCAGACAACCGAAGAGGGGAAAAAAAUAAUAUUUAUAUUUGGCAUGAAAUCGUUCAGUCGCACUUUUUCAUUUGCCGCAGUCCUCGUCACUUCAGCUUUUACUGCUGACAGGAUGUCAGGUGUUGAUUUUUAUGGCAGCUAUUAAGAUAUUUAUGUUUGCUGUCAGGUUGCUAAGAACACAGCGAGUCAAACAGGAGGUAGGAGCUCAGAGCUGUCCUGCAUUGGGGUCUGUGGGAGGGCAUUUUGUGGUGUGUGUGUGUGUGUGUGUGUGUGUGUGAGCGUGCAGAGGAGUGGAUACCUUUAUUUGAUCUUUCUGAUUCAUUGAUUCACGUAUCGCAAGGAUGAAACUCGUGAACUCGUGGAUGCAGUGGGUAAAGCUGCUGCUGCUGUGUGCUUGCGCGCUCCAAGUGUGGAGUUGAACUUCCGAUCACAGGUCUCAGCCUCGUGAUUUCGAAAAAGGGCUAUUUUUACGUCUCCACACGCUUGCUGCGACUCCUCUCCAUCCGAUCUCGUAAUUGAUUCCGAGUCGCCGUAGUUCAAUUAAAAGUGAUAAGUCGCUGUGUUUACUUUAGCGCCAGGAGAAAGGAGAAAAUAUCAAUUUACCGAGAGGCAUGCUCCGUGUUUCCAUGCAUGUCAUCCAUCAUUUCAGCCUAUUAGACCACUCUGGGUUACAGUAAUGCGGCUGGCUCGUUGGAGUGAUGAAUAUGCAGCAGCGUUUUGCCAUCAGGAGGUUGCCACAGCGGCUGGUAGGGGGGCUUUGCUGAGAUUUACGCCUGCACCGGGUAGCUCCUUGAGGCUGUCGGCUUUAAAGAGAGAUCUGGGACAGAUCCUAUAAUGAAAACUCACCAUGAGGCUGAUCAGAUUACGGGCCGAUGUGGAACACCUACAUUUUAGAUUAAAGGCUGCCCAUUACACGCUCAGCUUGUGGCUGCAAUCCGGUGCCCCACUUAUAGCAUGGUUCUUCUCAGUCAUUAUCCUUGUAUGGUCUCUAAUUUUCAUAAGGUCACGAGUGUAACAUAAAUAUGUCAUGUACAAUUGUGUUGAGCACCGUGUUACUAGUUAAUGCUCUGCCCCUAGAAUCCUUCUCCCAGUUAGAAAAUUUACUAGCUGUAAAUACUAUUUCUAGGCUGCUGAAAGCUGAACCUCGGAUUCAGCGGCCAGUUGAUUUGUGACCUGCAGUCGGUUUGCUCUGUAUUUAGCUCCGUCCACCUUCCUGUCAACUCUGACCGUCUUAAACAGCUUCAACAGCUUUAUCUAACUACAGCACCUUCCUCCAUAUUUGCUGUGUCCCCUGCACUGCAUAGUCACUUGUUAUGGUGUUGGUAUAAAAGGCCAGUUUUCCUCUCUGCUGCAGCUUCUUUUGACUGAAUUCAUGUCAAAUUUACACACAGGUGGACUUUUUUUUUCAUUCUAAAAAAUGAUUUUAUUCUGGUGAAUCUGAGUAAUUUUGUUAUUUAUUUGACAAAAAUUCAAAUAAAUAAAUAGAAGUUUGUGGUUGCAAUCUGACAAAAUGUGAAAAAUUACGUAUAAUGUCAUAUAAGAGAACGAAAAGAUUAUUUUAGCUUUAUGCAUCAAGAUAAAUGAAAGGGGUUGGGGAGGGAAUUAUUUUGUAAUUUUCUUUUUUUUACAGAUUUUUCUAUUUCCAUUUGCCUCCACUGUUUCAAAAAGAUCUAUAGUGAUGUUGGCCAGAAGAUGACUUGAUUUCAACUGAGUAUAACUGAGUUACUUCCUCCUUGGAAAACUCAGACCGGAGCAACUCGGCUAGAUUGUUAAUUACUGACUGAGAAAGUGAAUCAUUAGUUUCAAAACCAGGAUUAUUGGUUAUAUUCGUGUGAAUGGAAAGGAGAUGUUAAAUAAAUUCCCCUGUGAAUUUACAUCCUUCACAUGGAGGAGUGGAGCUCUGUCUGUCUGUCAUCUGUCACACAUCCAAAUAGAGACUAAAAAGCUUUCCGAAAACAUCCGAUUAAUCUCAGCCUAGCUGCUGCUUGACAGAUACCAGCAGGAGAGUAAGUGGUGGUCCGAGGGUCUCGGUCUGAGGGGCGUGUGAUGAAAAGCGAUGGCAUUUUAUCACUUCCUGCGGCGGUGCAAGGAGGGCAAGUUGCAUCAAAAAAA